GCUGUACCAGCUGUCCAAGGCAGGGAGGCUGUGUGUUCCUGCUAUGAACGUCAAUGACUCAGUCACCAAACAGAAGUUUGACAACCUCUACUGCUGCAGGGAAUCCAUACUGGAUGGGUACAUAUACUAAAACACACAGAUGCAGAAAUAACAUGUGUGUUUGUGUGUGUGUGUGUGUCUGUUUGUGUGUGACCUUUUACUUUUUGUGUGUGUGACCUUUGGCUUCCCAUCUCCCCCUAGGUUGAAAUGGUUGACCGGUGUGAUGUUUGGGGGAAAGCAGGUGGUGGUGUGUGGUUAUGGAGAGGUCAGUAUUGUAUUGGCACCUAUUAAACACCAAGUCUGAAUUGUUCUCUCUAUCUAUGUGUUUAUUCCAUCUGUGUGUAAGAAUGUUUCUCUUUCUACCCUCUCCUCCCCCGGCUAGGUUGGUAAAGGUUGCUCUGCCGCUCUGAAGGCCAUGGGCUCAAUAGUGUACAUCACAGAGGUGGACCCCAUAUGUGCCCUGCAGGCCUGGUAUGACUACAGAGGGUGUGUGUGAGUGUGUGUGUGUGUACAGAAAAAGGGUUAAGACAUGUAGGUGGCAGAAGCAAGUCUUUAACUAUUUGUGUUUAUGUCUCUCCCUUCUCCAGCAUGGACUGCUUCAGACUGGUCAAGCUCAAUGAGGUCAUCAGACAGGUGGACAUGGUCAUCACCUGCACGGGUAAGACAUGAUGUCAUCACCCACAGAGGUAAUGUGAAUGGUCUAGUAAAGAGACCUUAGCGUCAUGUCGACAUCACGGUUCAACCCUAACAGUCUCAACCACAACCCUAACUCUAAAGCUGAUAAUACACUAGCAAUUUUUUUGAAGCAAUAUUGCUGAGCUAUGUUGCCAGCAAUGGUUGCUGCAAAAUUUUUCCAUUGAAAAUUAGCAACUUUUUAUAAUUUUGAUCGGCAGCUCCACCAGUGGGCAAUUUUUAGGAAUCCUCCAAUCAUAGCGCAGAUAUUGGUUAUGUGAUCAGUUUGCGUUCUUAAAAUGUUGGAAACAUGGUGGCCGUUUUUGAGCUGAAGUGAGCGAAAAUGAACUCCCGUUUUGCAGUGAAAUGUUGGCUAUUCACCCAUCAAAUGUUUCCUCAUCACAAUAUUUGAUCAUGAUACGUUACUACAUACAUACUGUGUUCAGUUUGUCAUGUUUAACUGACGACAAUAUCCACGCUGGGGCAUACUAAUUGAUUAGCAUGCUAAUCAAAGCCCAUGUAUAGUCAAUGGGACAAAUUGGCAAAAUUAGCUAGCUAGCUAGCCAGAUUGUUAGCAACCUGGAAGCAGGUUGAGUGGAUGAACAGGGCAGGGGCAACACCGCUUUGUUGCUUGUUUGUUAUCUUAUGAAUUGUUGUACAGCUGUGGCAGUCAACAGGCAAUAACAAGCUAUAGGAGAUGAGUAAAUAAAUGGGGAAAUUUAGUUUUUAAUUGAUCUAUGCUUUAUAUGAAAUGUAUUAUUCAUAUCCAUAUUGUUCAUUGCUCAUCAUAGCUCCAAUGUCUCAUACCCACUCUGUUGCCAGCAACAUUGCCUCAAAACCUUGCCAGUGUAUCAUCCGUAGUAUUUUUCGCACAUCUUGUUCAAAUCAUGUAUAAGUGACUUUGUUGAGCUUCACAAUCAAUUUACAUUUACAUUUACGUCAUUUAGCAGACGCUCUUAUCCAGAGCGACUUACAAAUUGGUGCAUUCACCUUAUAGCCAGUGGGAUAACCACUUUAUAUCUCAAUAUGAGAUACUUUCAGAUUAUUUGGACAUGAUGUGCGAAAAAUGCUAACAUCGGUCCCAUGACUUGAAUGGGAUUUGUGCCACAAAUGAUAAAACGUUAGCAUGUGGAAACAUUGCCAGGGAAACUAAACCAAAGCAUGGAUUGCUGUCAUACCUUCUCCAUAGACUGCUUACAGGGUAAUGACACAAAUGUGUAAUUUUGUAAUUUAGGUCAACUAUUCCUUUAACCCUAAUUCCAACCCUAACCCUCAACCAUAACCACAACCCUAACCCUAACCCUAGCUUCAUGUCCGCAUCCCAGUUCACCCCCAACCCCCUAACCUCAGCCUCAAACCUAACGCUAACCCUAGCUCCAGCCCCAACAACCCCCCCCCCCCCAUCCUGUCAGCCUAGGUAAUGAUAGACCAUGACAGGUUAUGACAGCUUUUAACAGGAUAUAACAGCCUCAGUUUUGUCCUCAGGCAACAAGAAUGUGGUGGGAAGAGAGUAUCUGGACAGAAUGAAGAACGGCUGUAUCGUCUGUAACAUGGGUCACUCCAACACUGAGAUAGACGUGGUGAGACUUGCGUGCGUGCGUGCGUGCGUGCGUGCGUGCGUGCGUGCGUGCGUGCGUGCGUGCGUGCGUGUGUGUAUGAGGUUGACAGACUGUGUUUUUCCUCUGUCAGGUGAGUCUGCGGAGCCCAGAGUUGACCUGGGAGAGAGUGAGGUCACAGGUGGACCAUGUCAUCUGGCCAGAUGGCAAGAGAAUUAUCUUACUGGCUGAGGUCAGUGUGUGUGUGUGACCACUGAUCACUGGGUUGUGUGUGUGUGAUUCACAGUGUGUGUGUGUGUGUGUGUGUAUAUUCUCUCAGGGUCGUCUGUUGAACCUGAGCUGCUCCACGAUACCCACCUUCAUCCUCUCCAUCACCGCCACCACACAGGUCUGUCUGUCUGUCUCUCACACAGCAGGGAAAGUCAUGGUCGCAGCAAACACACAAGCUGUACUGUGGAGUGCUACAUGUACAGUGAGGGAAAAAAGUAUUUGAUCCCCUGCUGAUUUUGUACGUUUGCCCACUGACAAAGAAAUGAUCAGUCUAUCAUUUUAAUGGUAGGUUUAUUUGAACAGUGAGAGACAGAAUAACAGAAAAUCCAGAAAAACGCAUGUCAAAAAUGUUAGAAAUUGAUUUGCAUUUUAGUGAGGGAAAUAAGUAUUUGACCCCCUCUCAAUCAGAAAGAUUUCUGGCUCCCAGGUGUCUUUUAUACAGGUAACGAGCUGAGAUUAGGAGCACACUCUUAAAGGGACUGCUCCUAAUCUCAUCUUGUUACUUGUAUAAAAGACACCUGUCCACAGAAGCAAUCAAUCAAUCAGAUUCCAAACUCUCCUGCAUGGCCAAGACCAAAGAGCUGUCCAAGGAUGUCAGGGACAAGAUUGUAGUACAAGGCUGGAAUGGGCUACAAGACCAUCGCCAAGCAGCUUGGUGAGAAGCUGACAAGUUGGUGCGAUUAUUCGGAAGAAACACAAAAUAACUGUCAAUCUCCCUCGGCCUGGGGCUCCAUGCAAGAUCUCACCUUGUGGAGUUGCAAUGAUCAUGAGAAUGGUGAGGAAUCAGCCCAGAACUACACGGGAGGAUCUUGUCAAUGAUCUCAAGGCAGCUGGGACCAUAGUCACCAAGAAAACAAUUGGUAACACACUACGCCGUGAAGGACUGAAAUCCUGCAGCGCCCGCAAGGUCCCCCUGCUCAAGAAAGCACAUAUACAGGCCCGUCUGAAGUUUGCCAAUGAACAUCUGAAUGAUUCAGAGGAGAACUGGGUGAAAGUGUUGUGGUCAGAUGAGACCAAAAUCGAGCUCUUUGGCAUCAACUCAACUUGCCAUGUUUGGAGGAGGAGGAAUGCUGCCUAUGACCCCAAGAACACCAUCCCCACCGUCAAACAUGGAGGUGGAAACAUUAUGCUUUGGGGGUGUUUUUCUGCUAAGGGGACAGGACAACUUCACUGCAUCAAAAGGGACGAUGGACGGGGCCAUGUACCGUCAAAUCUUGGGUGAGAACCUCCUUCCCUCAGCCAGGGCAUUGAAAUUGGGUCGUGGAUGGGUAUUCCAGCAUGACAAUGACCCAAAACACACGGCCAAGGCAACAAAGGAGUGGCUCAAGAAGAAGCACAUUAAGGUCCUGGAGUGGCCUAGCCAGUCUCCAGACCUUAAUCCCAUAGAAAAUCUGUGGAGGGAGCUGAAGGUUCGAGUUGCCAAACGUCAGCCUCGAAACCUUAAUGACUUGGAGAAGAUCUGCAAAGAGGAGUGGGACAAAAUCCCUCCUGAGAUGUGUGCAAACCUGGUGGCCAACUGCAAGAAACGUCUGACCUCUGUGAUUGCCAACAAGGGUUUUGCCACCAAGUACUAAGUCAUGUUUUGCAGAGGGGUCAAAUACUUAUUUCCCUCAUUAAAAUGCAAAUCAAUUUAUAACAUUUUUGACAUGCGAUUAUUUUUUUGUUGUUAUUCUGUCACUGACUGUUCAAAUAAACCUACCAUUAAAAUUAUAGACUGAUCAUGUCUUUGUCAGUUGGCAAAAGUACAAAAUCAGCAGGGAAUCAAAUACUUUUUUCCCUCACUGUAUGCACUAUGAGAAGCGACUGGCCUUUGUAGCCACACUCUCUCUGUAAUUUAAUUCUGUUCUAGGUAUACUACUUCUAUAACAUAACGUAAUGCCCUCAGGCGCUGGCUCUGAUUGAGCUGUACAAUGCCCCAGAGGGACGAUACAAUAAAGACGUCUACCUCCUGCCAAAGAAGAUGGGUAAAACACACCACCUUACCUACCUACUGCUUCGUUACUCCGGUUUUGACAGGGUAUAGUGUGACUGUGUGUGUGCCUGCAUGCGUGUUUUCAGAUGAGUUUGUGGCCGGACUCCACCUGCCAACGUUUGACGCCCACCUCACAGAGCUGACUGAUGAGCAGGCCAAAUACCUGGGCCUCACUAAGACCGGACCCUUCAAACCAAACUACUAC